AGUUGAUUACUACAGAUUGAAUCCUCUCUCUGUACAUAUCUAUAUAUCUACAUGUCAAAGCUCAGAAGCUUCCAAAUGUGUUGCAAUCAGAGAGAGAGGUGUAGGCAUUCUCCAUUCCAGCAAGACUCAAACUUUUCACAGAUCCAGGUGACUAUGAGGAGGAGGAGGAAGCUCAAUCUGACGUUUGUUCAAUUCCUCUUCCUGCUCUCAAUCUCACGCUUUGCGAGUCUCCGCUCUGAUGAGCUCCCGAAGAUGGCCUGCGAGUCUCCGCCCUAUGCCUCCUUCACCUUCUGCAACGCCUCGCUCCCGGUGGCCGCCCGCGCCGCCUCCCUCGUCGCCGCUCUCACCCUCCCGGAGAAGAUCCAGCAGCUCUCCAACACCGCAGCCGCUGUCCCCCGCCUCGGCCUCCCGGCGUACCAGUGGUGGUCCGAGUCCCUCCACGGCGUCGCCUCCAACGGACCCGGCGUCGCCUUCAACGGUUCUGUUCGUGCUGCAACCGGGUUCCCCCAGGUCAUCCUCUCCGCUGCUGCCUUCAACCGGACGCUGUGGCGCGCUCUCGCCCGCGCCAUCGCAGUCGAGGCCCGCGCGAUGCACGCCGCCGGCCAGGCCGGCCUCACCUUCUGGGCUCCCAACAUCAACGUCUUCCGCGACCCCAGGUGGGGCCGAGGCCAGGAGACACCCGGCGAGGAUCCUUUGGUCGCCGCCCACUACGCUGUCGAGUACGUCAUGGGAUUCCAGGGCCAGAAGAAGUCUUCCGUCGCAGGGGACGACGACAGCUCGUUGUCCUUGAUGCUCUCCGCCUGCUGCAAGCAUUACACCGCUUACGAUCUCGAGAAAUGGGGCAAUUUCACCCGAUACACCUUCAAUGCACUGGUAACAGAGCAGGACAUGGCGGACACGUUCCAACCUCCAUUCCAGAGCUGCAUCCAAGAAGGCCACGCGAGUUGUCUCAUGUGCUCUUACAACCAAGUCAAUGGGGUUCCCGCUUGUGCUCGUGGCGAUCUCCUGGAGAAAGCCAGAAAAGAAUGGGGAUUCCAGGGGUAUAUUACAUCGGAUUGCGAUGCUGUUGCAAUAAUCCACGAGAACCAGAAUUACACCGCUUCACCUGAAGAUUCAAUAGCUGAUGUUCUGAAAGCAGGAAUGGACAUCAACUGUGGAACAUACCUACUUCGAUACACUGAGUCAGCCGUCAAGUUGGGGAAGGUCCAAGAGGAAGAUAUCGAUCGCGCCCUCCUCAACUUGUUCUCAGUGCAGCUGAGGCUUGGGCUCUUUGACGGUGAUCGUGCAAGGAAGCAUUAUCGACGACUAGGACCGAAAAAUGUGUGCAGUCAUGAGCACAGAGAGCUUGCUCUCGAGGCGACACGACAAGGCAUUGUCCUUCUCAAGAAUGCCAAAAGCUUUCUUCCCCUGAGCAAGGAUGCUGUGGGUUCUUUAGCAAUAAUAGGUCCUGCUGCCAAUGAUGCAACCAUUUAUGGUGGUGAUUACACUGGAGUCCCUUGCAAUCCAAUAAGCUUUUUGGAAGGCCUCAAGAUGUAUGUGCCAAGAACAGCAUAUGCACCUGGUUGCAUUGAUGUGCCUUGUCAAACUACGUAUGGCUUUGAGGAAGCUAUUAACACUGCUAGAGAAGCAGAUGUGAUCAUUGUGGUGGCUGGACUGAACCAAACUGAAGAAACAGAAGAUCAUGAUAGGGUCAGCCUGCUGUUGCCUGGCAAACAGAUGGAACUUGUAAGUGUCGUCGCAAAUGCCAGCAAGAAUCCUAUAGUACUGGUUCUGAUGGGCGGGGGACCUGUCGACAUUUCCUUUGCCAAAGAUGAUCCUCUUGUCGCAAGCAUUCUUUGGAUUGGGUAUCCAGGCGAAGUGGGAGGGCAAGCACUCGCAGAAGCUCUCUUUGGAGACUUCAACCCAGGUGGGCGGCUGCCUGUCACUUGGUAUCCUGAGUCCUUCACCCAUGUACCGAUGAACGAUAUGCACAUGAGAGCUGAUGUAUCACGAGGUUAUCCUGGUCGAACAUAUCGAUUCUACACAGGAAAAGUGGUCUAUGAAUUUGGAUAUGGGUUGAGUUACUCAAACUUCUCAUACAGAUUCUUAUCAACACCUAUAAUGAUAAAAUUAUCAGCAUCGACUGCAGAGACUUGUAUCAGCAAGCAGACCAAAUAUGCGAUGAAAGAUGGUUUAGAUGCUCUGAAGAUCGAGGAUAUCUCAUCCUGUGAUGCUCUGAGGUUCCAUGUGGAGGUUUCUGUGUUUAAUAAUGGCGAUAUGGAUGGAAGCCAUGCAGUGUUGUUGUUUUGGAAACCCAAAACUAGAGGUGAAGGCUUCCCACUGAAGCAAUUGAUUGGAUUCGAGAGGGUGCAAACAAGAGGUCAAGGAGAAACGAAGGUUCAGAUUUUGGUAGAUCCUUGCAGGCAUCUCAGCACAGCCGAUGCAAAUGGAAAAAGAGUUGUUCCUCUUGGAGCAAAUGUCAUAACCAUUGGUGAUUUGGAGCAUGAGUUCAUCAUAGAAGCUUAAUAAGGGCUGUUUAUUUAAAAUAUUGAUCGAUUAAGAAUUGGCCAUUGUGCCAUGAGAAAAUAAAGAUCAUUUUAAAAA